ACUGAAAUAUCUGUUUGCACUUACUUCAGUGCUCUUAUUCUUUGUCCACUUUGUCUUUUUUAAAUCCUAUUUUCAUCACGUUUUUUGUCAUGUCAAUAUAUAUAAUAUAUAUAUAUAUAUACCUACAAUGUGUGUGUUCAUGUGUGUGUAUAUAUAUAUUCUCUGUCUGCAUCUGCACAUAUUAUACAACUUCUGAAACAUGGAUCUCAAGCCAAACUUCAUCUUCUUCUUCCCAAUUCUUCUCAUACUUAUUCUCCCCAUAAACCCUAAUUUCGUCUCGGCUUCCGCAACUCCGAACCCUAGAUGCAUCGCUACAGAACGAGAAGCUCUUCUCACCUUCAAAAAUGCACUGACGGAUUCUUCCGGUCGGCUCUCUUCUUGGACCGGACCCGACUGCUGCAGCUGGACUGGCGUUCUCUGCGGUGACCUGACCGGCCACGUCAUCAAGAUCGACCUAAGGAACCCGAAUCCGAUCACUAACUCGGAUGAAUACAGAAGAGGUUGCUUGGGUGGCAAGUUGCAUCCUUCUCUGUCGCGCCUGCGGUUCUUGAGCUAUCUUGACCUGAGCAUGAACGACUUCGAAGGACUGGAGAUCCCGGGUUUUCUCGGCGGCAUCAUUUCACUGAGCUAUCUCAACCUUUCUUCCUCCUCUUUUUCCGGGAAAAUUCCAGAGGGUCUUGGGAAUUUGUCGAAAUUGGAGACUCUUGAUCUGUAUGCUGAGUCAUUUAGCGACUCGGGCGAGUUUUCUUUGCACGCAAGCAACCUCGAGUGGGUUUCGGGUCUGUCCUCUCUGAGUUACCUGGACAUGGGGUAUGUGAACCUGAGUGAUGUCGGUGAAGUUUGGUUAGAAGAAUUCGACAGAAUCCCGACAUUAAAGGAGUUGCAUUUGUUCAAAUGUGAGCUGAAAAGCUUACCUUCUUCGGUCUCGUCGGUGAAUCUGAAACAGCUUGAAGUUCUCGAUUUGUCUGAAAAUUCUUUGGAUUCUCCCGUUCCGGAAUGGCUGUUUGGUCUCACCAGCCUCAGGAAACUAUUCCUCAGAUGGGAUUUUCUCAAGGGCUCGAUCCCUUCUGGGUUCGAGACUCUAAAACUUCUAGAAGUUCUUGAUCUGUCGAACAACUUGUUCCUCGAGGGCGAAAUCCCACAAGCUCUUGGCUCCCUUCCUCUGUUGAAAUAUCUAGACCUUUCUGCAAACAAUCUACAAGGCCAAAUCCAUGGGUUUCUAGAUGCUUCCUCCAGAUCCAAAGGCGGCAGUAGUCUGGUUUUUCUUGAUCUCAGUUCCAAUAACUUAGCUGGGACAUUACCCGAGUCGCUUGGAGCGCUCAAGAAUCUGCAGGUUUUGGAUCUUUCUUCAAAUUCCUUCACAGGUUCGAUCCCGCCUUCGAUAGGCAACAUGCCGUUCCUGAAAAGACUCGAUCUUUCUUUCAAUUCCAUGGAUGGGACAAUCCCGGAAAGCUUGGGGAAGCUCAAGGAGCUUGUGGAUUUGAAUCUGAUCCAAAAUUCUUGGGAAGGUAUUCUGCAGAGUUCGCACUUCGUCAAUCUUAGAAAUCUCAAAAGUAUCAGUCUGACCACCGAACCAAACAGAUCUCUGGUGUUCAAUUUGCCUCAUGGCUGGAUUCCUCCUUUCAGACUGUCUUAUAUCCAGAUCGAGAACUGCCAGAUCGGUCCGAUCUUCCCAAUGUGGCUUCAAAUCCAGACCGAACUCACUUCUGUCCUACUCCGAAACACGGGGAUCUCGGGUCCAAUUCCAGACCAGUGGUUUUCUGCAAUCGCUUCUGAGAUAAGUUACCUGAAUCUUGCAGACAACAGAAUCAAAGGUAGAUUACCUCAGAAACUCGAGUUUCCAAAGCUGAGCACCAUUAAUCUGACCUCGAAUAGCUUCGAAGGGUCUUUUCCUCUCUGGAAAACAAACGCCACUGAAUUGCUUCUUUACGGGAACAAGUUGUCGGGCUCUCUUCCACGAGACAUCGACGUCUUGAUGCCAAGAAUGCAGAAGAUCUACCUAUCUCACAACAACUUUGACGGCGAAAUUCCAUUGUCUUUUUGCGAAAUUUCUGGACUGCAAAUCAUCUCUCUCAAGAACAACCAUUUCUCUGGUGAGUUUCCCGACUGCUGGCAUCGGUCCUUCAUGCUCUGGGGGAUCGAUGUAUCCAAGAACAAUUUGUCAGGGGGGAUCCCGAGUUCUCUCGGCCUGUUACCUUCUCUGAGCGUCUUGCUUCUGAGCGGAAAUGUUCUAGAAGGUCGAAUCCCGGAUUCCCUCCAGAACUGCACUGGUCUUACAAGUAUAGAUCUCGGAGGAAACAAGCUGACAGGAACACUUCCGCCAUGGCUGGAAAAGAUGUCUUCUCUGUUCAUGCUUCGACUGCAAGCAAACUCUUUUGCAGGUCGAUUCCCAGAUCAGCUCUGCAGCCUUCCUAAUCUGCACAUUCUGGAUCUUUCUGGGAACAAAAUAUCAGGCCCGAUACCAAAAUGCAUCGGCAAUCUCCCUGCCCUCGCUCAUGGUACAAGUAGCGAGGUCUUCGAAAAUCUGUUCUACACUGUCACACGAGGUCGAGAAAAUGGCGAAAUUAUCAACAUCAUUAAUCUGUCCGGAAACAGUAUAACAGGAGAAAUCCCCGGAGAAAUCUUGACCCUUUCUUACCUGCGUGUACUGAAUUUAUCGAGGAACUCGAUGGAUGGAAGCAUCCCAGAGAAAAUCUCUGAACUGAAUCGCUUGGAGACGCUUGAUUUAUCACGGAACCAGUUUUCUGGGACAAUCCCUCGUAGUUUGCCAGCCAUAGCCUCUCUGCAAAGGUUGAACCUUUCGUUCAAUCACUUAGAGGGAAGAAUACCAGAGCUUCUGAAGUUUGACGAUCCGUCCAUUUACACAGGAAAUAAGUUACUUUGCGGGAAACCCCUUCCCAACAAAUGCCCAGGAGACACCCACCACAAUCGUUUGUCUUAACAAAGCAAAGCAAAAAGGUGUUAAGAUGUACCUUGCAAGACAAGUUACCUGAUUUCUCGCAACAAGAAAAAUGUCAUUGCGCAUGUUAGGACUGCAAAAUGUUGUAGGCAUAUGAACUCUGCAACUUCAAUAAAACAAUCAUCUUUCUUGAUCCUUGCCAAAUGCUCUGUGUCAGUCACAAUGCUUGUACCUACGGUACACGUUUUGCUUUUGCAAAGGCCCAGGCAGCUCAUAUAUCACUAGGUCUGAGAGACAAACAGCUUUCAGACAUGGCCAAACAAACGGAAAAUUUGAAUGAUC